AUUGGAACAAAAUUGAAUGUCUUUGGAAUUGUAUUUUUGUCUGUGGCGGAUGGUUCUUGGAGACGGAUUUUUAAUUACAAUUUAUUCGAGAAAUUAUCAACUAGGAGCAAAUAAAGUACUUUCCACAGAAGAUAUUGAGUAUUUAUAAUUUUAUAAUCGAUUUAUAGUACACAACAUUAGUAAACACAAGUUGUCAUCAGGUUAUUAUGUUACUCAACAAAACCAGGCUGGUGGGGUUUACGAAUAGAACUCGGAAAGGCAAUAUGGAGGGGAAUUCCACGUCGGACAUAGUGAUUUUGAGCGGCAAUUCCCAUCCCGAAUUAGCAGAUUUGAUCGCUAACCGGCUUGGAGUGCGUAAAGGAGGAUGCUCAGUGUACCAUAAAACAAACAGAGAAACUAUGGUGGAGAUUGCCGACUCAAUCAGAGGGAAAAACAUUUAUAUUGUACAGACUGGAACUAAAGAUGUGAACAACAACAUAAUGGAAUUGUUGAUAAUGGCAUACGCUUGUAAGACGUCAUCAGCCAGAUCCAUUGUGGGCGUCAUUCCGUACCUGCCGUACAGCAAACAGUGCAAAAUGAGGAAGCGCGGCUGCAUCGUCACCAAACUGCUGGCGAAGAUGAUGUGCAAAUCGGGAUUAACGCAUAUCAUAACAAUGGACUUGCACCAAAAGGAGAUACAAGGUUUCUACGAGUGUCCAGUUGACAAUCUGAGAGCUUCUCCAUUCCUGCUGCAGUAUAUUCAAGAAAGUAUUCCAGAUUACCGUAACUCGGUGAUCGUAGCGCGCAACCCGGGCUCUGCGAAGAAGGCGACGUCGUACGCGGAGCGGCUGCGGCUCGCCAUCGCUGUCAUACACGGAGAGCAGAAGGAGGCCGAGAGCGAUGAGGUGGAUGGGAGAUAUUCUCCGCCUUGUAUACCCAGUGACCACAAAUCGCGUACAAUGGAUGUGUCUGUGGGAGUGCCCGCGCAUCCUGCUAAAGAAAAACCACCGAUCAACGUCGUCGGAGACGUGGGAGGCAGAAUAGCUAUUAUGGUGGAUGACAUGAUUGACGAUGUGCAAUCAUUCGUCGCGGCAGCAGAAGUACUGAAGGAGUGCGGUGCUUACAAAAUCUACGUUCUUGCCACACACGGACUACUGUCCUCCGACGCGCCGCGCCUCAUUGAAGACUCGCCCAUAGACGAAGUGGUGGUCACCAACACAGUGCCGCACGAACUGCAGAAGAUGCAGUGUAACAAGAUCAAGACCAUCGACAUAUCAGUGCUGCUCAGCGAAGCCAUACGCCGCAUCCACAACAAGGAGUCCAUGUCCUAUCUAUUCAAAAACGUUACCCUUGAGGAUUAAAUUAUUCCCAUAAGUAUUAGUGUUUGGAUGAUAAGUGUUCACGUCGAGCGUUAGUCGAAAUUAUCUACGAAUUUAUUUUGACUGGUCCAUUCCGUAAUCGAUCCGGACAGCUAUCGAUUACCGAUCCAAUAAAUCGAUAUGCGUUGGCGUUCUUAGAGCAGUGAACGCGCGUUGGACGCUUAUCUUCGGAACAGCACCUUAUUGGUAGAUUACUAAAGUGAGUUAUUUUUUCAUGUGAGAACACAGGUAUUGGAUUUUUGUUGCAUUUUCUGUUCAACUAGUCAACAAUAAUGUUAUGUAUCAUGUGUAAUAUAUUAUCAAUCAAACGGUUUGUCAGCAGUAAUAGUACAGAUGGUGUGGUGUGUAUUACAGCAUGUAUAAAUAACUCAUUUUGCUAAUAUUACUAGAGUUAAGUAUUAUUGCACUGUUAGACUUUUAUAAUUCUACCAAUUUCCAUGCACUGAAUCUAGAGAAUUAUUUCGGUUUGUGCAUUUACUUUAUUAUGUUAUUUUUGUCUAAAAUGUUCAAUAUUCUACAUGUUUAGAAUGUUGUAGGAUGUGAUUAAAAAUCAUUUUUGUAUGUUACUUUUGUUAAAACAGUGUAUGUACAAAUGGUGCAAAUCAUUCAAUUAAACCAAAACACUUGUAUGAAUAUAACAGUCUAUCAGUUAAUUAAGUAUUGCCCUAUUUCAUAUUAUUCCUUUUUGUAUAAGUUAUGUAUUACAUUUGGUACUUCCCUGGAGUAGGAACAAAUAUUUAAAUGCACCUAUAUUAGUUUAAUCUGUUAAAUUAACAAUUCAUCUAUGUACUGAGCUUCUUCUACAUUAACAAUGUUAAGACUGUUAAACACAACCAAAAUGGAUCUGUUAUUCUAAAAUAUAUGUUAAUUCCAAAGUGAUUCAAUAUGAGAAUGUUUUAUGUCUGUUGGCUUUUAAAUGUUUGUAUAACUGUUGGCGCAUACUUGCUAGUUGCUUCAUAAUAUCAAUAAAUAUGUAUUCUUGCUGCAGUGGCAAAGGCUGGCCGUAUUCAAAGAGGAGGCAAAAUAUUUGUUAAUAAUACCUAUGUGAAAGUUCAGAAAGGUAAGCCCUGUAACCAUUGUUAUUUAUUCUGCCUGGUGAAUUUGCGUGAAUGGCUCUAAUCCCUAAUUAUUAACACCAAUUUUAGUAUAACCUAAUAAGUACUUAUCGAUAUAUCGUUUUUGCUCAUGUGAUAGAAAAAAUAGUAUUGUGUGAUCAGAAAUAUUUUUAUAGCCAUAGUCGCAUAUUUUAUACAUGAGUUGUGAGUGUGCGCCCUGCGGUAUUUGCUACGUGCAAGGCUUAUUCCCUCGUAAAUUCACAGUAUUUAUCUAAUUGGAGGUGUGGAUAUAGGUAUGUAUUUUUAUAUUACAGCACUCGUAAAAUAAAAACUAAUUAGAUAGGUAUAUAAUUUAAUGCUACAAAUGGUAGUGUCCAAGUUUUGCCUUUUCAUGAACAUUUUGUAGAAAUUUGUCUUAUAAUAUUAAGUAAAAUAUUGAAGAAUUUUGAAAUGGUCAUUUUUUAUAUACAAACUUGGAAUUCAAACAUGAUACAAUGCAAUCGCAAAUAGAUUUUUUGUAUGUUUUAAGAGACACACAAUUAAUUGUAAAAUCAGUAAUAUUACAAUAUUCUGGAUGCUUCAUAUUAUUAAAUAUAAAAAAAAUAGAUAUAAGAAUAGAAAAUAAUACCUAAGUGUAUCAUAAAGAAAAUCCUAAAAACGCAUAUUGCAUAAAUGUAGGCAAAGGAAUACUAUAUAUACCUAAAUAAAUUGUGGCAUAUAUA